AUGAUGGAUCCAGCAUUGUUGAAACAGCAAGCAGCAUUCAAAGCUCGAGCUUCACAAGCUAUUGAAAUGGCGCGGAAAAGUACGGCGUCCACGUCGCAUUCCACGUAUGAUGCAGAAGCAAGUCGGAAGAAAAAACGCAAAGUGUACAACGAUUUGCAAUUAUCGACAAAAUCUUCUUCCGACUUCAGUUCUAAGAACGCUCCUUCUCAUUCGACAUCAAAUGCAGUAAAUUUUGGAACAAUGGCAAAAAUUGUUGAUUACAUGAAGAAACGACAUUUAUCAUCGCAACAGUGGCCAUUAAGUUUGAAGGAGAUACUGGAGGAAUUACAAAUAUAUGAUCUGGGAAAGAAAUCAGAACUAUGGCUUCAAGAAUCAUUGCCAACGAAUCCUCGAUUAACUGUUGAUGAAAAUGGGAAAUAUCUUUUCAAACCGCCUUACAAAAUCAAAGGGAAGAAUUCUUUAUUAGCACUGUUAAAGAAAUAUCACAUAGAAGGAAGGGGUGGCAUUUUGCUGUCGGAUCUCAACGAAUGCAUACCAGCUGCUGAAAAGCAUAUUGAGGCACUUAGUAAUGUUGUAAUUGAUGUACAGACGAUGAUCAACAAGCGUAAAGAUCACGUUUAUUUUUAUAAUGAUCCUGAUACCGAUUACGAAGUUGAUGAAAAAUUCAAAAGUUUAUGGAGGAACGCAUCUGUUGAUCAUUUGGACGAGAAGAAGAUCGAAGAAUAUCUUCAGAAACAUGGUAUUGAUGUGAUGAAAGAUUUAGGACCAAAGAAAACAACUUUCGCACCGCCAAAACGAAAACUUCCACGACGACGAGCUAAUCAGAAAGUUCAUAAUGAACAUCUGACUGAUGUUUUAGAAGACUAUUCAACUUAA